AUGCCCCGACCAAAGGUUCACCCGGCGAACCGCCGGAGGGCGGCAGAGGCGUGCAACUUCUGUCGCGCCUCCAAGAAGCGGUGCAGCGCGACGGUGCCCUGCACGGCCUGCGAGCGCCGCGGCAUCGGCGCCUCGUGCUUCCUUACGCAUAAGCCUAGAGGUCAUCGUGGGCUCAGCUCCCGCUCCUCCGCUACCGCCUCGCAGGCCCGCUCUGUAGUGACGGAUGACGCUGGGGAGCAGAACGCCGGGAGACGCCCGAGCGAAGUCGACGCCAGCUUCCUGUCCGACUCGGGCUUCCUUCGGCAGCCGCCAGACCCAGCAGACCUGAACUCGGCGGAUGCCUUUCGUCUCCUCUCACCUACCAGCUCUCACAACGACGCUUCCGUCGUCUCUGCCCCUUCGGCCACGCACCAGCAGCACCGGACUGCCUCAUUGUCGUCAUCUCUACCUUCUGUCGGCGAGCUGCAUUCUAGGAUGUUGCUUAACCGUCGCGGCGAUCGAGUGUUCAUCGGAGAAGCUGCCUCCUUAUCCUUCUUGUCUUUUCUUCGCGAUGCCGUCUCAGCAAAGAUUGGCCCGUCCCAGUUCUCUCACAAUGACAAGAGCGAGAGCAUGCUGGAGUCGCAGCCCUUGGAGACCGAGACCGGCUCCAUGGACCCCGCCGCCAUGAACAUCUCGGCCGAAGACAGGCUCUCUUACGUCAAUACAUACUUCCUAGCUACCGCCGGCGUCAUCGACAUCUUCUCAGAGUCGGAAACCCAGGAACUGAUGAACCCGAGCCCGGAGUCACCGUCCUCGACGCCGUGUCCGCUGCGGGACCUCGUCAUCGCCAUCGGCGCGCAGUGCAAGUCCAUCGGCUGCUCGCGGCGGAUAGGGCAGCAGUUCUUCCGCAAGGCGCAGGUGCAGGCCUUCUCGGGCAUGCUCGAGGACCACGACAUGGACACGGUGCGCAUCUUCCUCCUCAUGCACUUCUACAUGCUCGGCCACUGCCGCCGCAACACGGCGUCGAUCUACCUCGGCAUCGCGGCCCGGACGGCCAUCGCGCUCGGCCUGCACAGCGAUGUCUGCUCGUCGGGCGUGGCGACUCCCGAGCACCAGGUCAGACGGCGCGUGUGGAUGAGCCUGCGCAUCUGCGACAUCAUCGUCAGCUCCAUCCUCGGCCGGCCGCCCGCGACGGGCAGCCAGGCCUCGAGCGCGGAGGAGAAGCGGUGGCUCGAGGAGCCCGGCCGGCGGCCGUCGAUCGGCAACUCGGACAGCCUGACGGCAUCGCUCAAGAUCCUCAUCAUCAUCAACCAGAUCAUCGAGGAGAUCUACGUCAAGAAGGACGAGUCCAAGCGGCGCGCCGAGCAGCUGCUGGACAAGGUCAACAAGUGGAGCCAGUCGCUGCCCGCGUCGCUGCUCAAGCAGAGCAACUCGCCCGGCGACGCGCUCGGCCAGGCCGACUCGAUCGCCCGGCUGCACGUCUCCUGCCUGUACUACUACGCCGUCACGCUCGUGACCCGGCCGAUCCUGGUGUCGAACCUCAUCCUGCAGCCCGGCAUGGACGACCCGGCGUCGUCGCAGCUGUCGUCGGCGUGCAUUGACGCUGCCGUCUUCUUGGCGCAGACCUGCAUGGAUUCACAUGCGGAGCGGCUGAUGCUCGGCAACAUGUGUUAUAUCAAAGCCUUGAUAUUUGCAGCUGGACUCAUCCUCGGCUUUGCGCUGUUCGCGGAGAAAAACAGGGACUACGAGGUAGAGGGAGCGUUUGACGGCGCCAAGGAUGUGCUUGGCUUUCUGUCCGCUCAAAGUCCACAGGCGGGCCAUUACUUGGAGAUCCUGAGCCUUCUCUCCACGGCCAUCGACCGACAGCGCCAGAGGCAGACGACAAGAGGUCGCAACAAGUACGUCGGAAAGAUCCUGACGAUGAACAACGAUGCGGCUCCCGCAAGUGGCUCAUCGUCGAGUCCCAACGAGUCAAUAUCAGUGGCACCCGUGCCCAGCCUGUUGUCUGACCAGACCGACUACACGUCGGCGAUGCCAGACGUGGGCGUGGACUUCUCGGUGGACUGGGACGCUCUCGAUUUGUCACAGUGGGACAGCUUCCCGUUCUUGGAUCAGAGGGUUUUGGAUCUGGGCGUAUCUCAGGUGGACGGCUAA